ACGAACCAACCAAUCAGCUGGUGGAAGAAUGGGAAGUGGCGGAUUUGAAAGUACAGUGGAAUAAACAGACGCUUGAAGGCUGGAAAUUAUCACAGUUAAUAUACUGAAAGCAUUUUAUUAAGAUAUGGAAGAGGAGGAGCACACGGACAGGCAAAUGCAGCUUGCAAUGCUUAGUCAGAAACUGCAGAACAUUAAAACCAGAUAUCUCAGUUUGGAUAACACCGACAACAUAAAUCAGAUCAUCAGCUCGAACUCACCCGAGACCUGCCUUGCGUAUUUGCUGGACCUGGAGAGGAAGGGGAAUCCACACACGGACUCCACCUUUCUCAACCGACUAAUCGACUUCUACACUCGAGUGUUCUCCAACUUUCCACUUUCAAAGCACAGCCAGAAUGAAAGCUACGCGAGGAUCCUGGUCCGGUUCGCACAACUGAAAGCAAUUCAAGAUCCUGAUGAGGCACGUGACCAUUUCACGGUGGCAAGAUCCAAUAGCAAGGCCUUUUCCUUUGUGCAUAUCGCUCAUGCUCAUUUCGAGCUCUCUCAGGGAAAUGCAAAGAAAAGCACUUCAAUACUACAGAGGGCCUUUGAGGUUAAUGCCAAACCCACGGAGAUGCUGGAGACGGCCUUACAAAAUCUAAAAGCGGGGAGAACCAAACUCCUGUCUGCUGACGAUAAGGAGAACCUGAUGGUUCCUGUGACAUCUAACACACAAGAAUCCAGGAAGAGCAGUGUGGAAUUUCACAAAGUCACCCCCAGUUCAGAUGGAAGUGGCGAACUUCAGCUGGGCAGUGCGUUAUGUCCGAGGGUGGAUCAGAAUUGUGCCCCACAGGAAGACCCAGUGCCAGUCUGGAGAUCUGGGCCACAAAGGAGGGUACUCUACAACAUGCCAGGGAGAGUUCCUGUGCUGCCUUUCUCCAUCCCGGAGGCUGAAGGAAGUGACGAUAGUGGUGGGCAGAAGAAGAAGAGCGACACUUCCUGUCCGAGCAGUACCAUGACCAGGCAAACAUCUGGAUCAAGAACCAACACCUUAUUUCCCUUUUCUUCGUCCAAGAAGAGCAGUGGCGAUGGGGACUCCUACAGCUUGUUGAACCUAAAGCCGUCCAUCACGAGUCCGGAGCCACACCCAUGGGAGGAUUUGGCAGCCACUGACUCCACCACUGCGUUCCUGCACAGGCCAGACAGGAAGGUUUCCACCAGAACAGAAGUUUACACGGAAAACCUAAACCAGGCCAUCAGUUCAAACUCCCCGGAGUGGUGCUGGACAUAUCUGCAGAAUCUGGAGAAGAAGGGGAAUCCACACACGGACUCGAACCUUCUUACCAAACUGAUCGACUGCUACUCCCGGGUGUUCUCCAGCCUCCCCCUGGGAAAAUACAACCAGAACGAGAGCUACGCCAGAAUGCUGGUCAGAUUUGCUGAGCUCAAGACAAUUCAAGACGACGAUGAGGCUCAGGACAACUUCAUCAUAGCCAAAUCCAACUGCAAGAGCUUUGCCUUCGUGCAUAUUGCACAUGCUCAGUUCAAGCUCUCUCAAGGAAAUGCGAAGAAAAGCACUGCAAUACUGCAGAGGGCCUUUGAGGUUAAUGCCAAACCCACAGAGAUGCUGGAGAGGGCCUUACAAAAUCUAAAAGCUGGGAGAACCAGACUCCUGUCCACUGAUGAUAAGGAGAACCUGAUGGGGGAACUCCUUUCUGACACUCUCGUGACAGGACAGAGUGAAACAAAGGAGAGGGUGGGGAACCAGUCAAAGCUCGCUACAAAUUUAGGGCCAUACAAACCUGUGUGUAAUCCCCCAUCCGACUGGAAGAUUCCUGCACGGAUUGGCAGAUACAUCUCCCCAGAGGACAAAAGGUUCCCGACCAAUCAGGUGCCCACUCCACGGGUGGCUAACCCUGCAUCUGCUUCAUCUGUUGGACCCCCAGUCAGAGGGAACCCUCCCCUCACCUGUGAGACACCCACUCAGAAACCCCUUAAUGCCAGCAGUUUUGUGACUCCAGUAGUGAAAAGGAACCCCCCAGUGAUGGCUUCAGUUCCAAUGCCUCAUGGUUUUGGGGCAUCCCAGCAGCCUUGUACACCUCAAAACCAGGUGUGCCCCAUCCAGACUCCACAGGGAUCCAUGUCUGCUUUGUCCAACGACUCCAUCACCAUAAAAGGCAGGCAGUUCUACAUACUGAAAAUGAUUGGCCAGGGUGGAUCCAGUAAGGUGUACCAGGUGCUGGACCACCGGAGGCAGCUGUUCGCUGUGAAGUACGUCAACCUAGAGGAAGCCGACACCCAGACUGUAGAGAGCUACAAGAACGAGAUUGAGCACCUGAACCACCUGCAGCAGUACAGUGACCAGAUCAUCAAGCUGUAUGACUAUGAGAUUACGAACAGCCACAUCUACAUGUUGAUGGAGUGUGGAAACCUGGACCUCAACACCUGGCUACGGAACCGCAAGAGCGUCAACCCGCUUGAGAGGAUGUUCUACUGGAGGAACAUGCUGGAAGCGGUUCAGACCAUUCAUAAACAUGGAAUUGUCCACAGUGACCUGAAGCCGGCUAAUUUUGUGAUCGUGAACGCCUCACUGAAACUCAUCGAUUUCGGCAUCUCCAAUCGAAUCCAGCCAGAUGUGACGAGCAUUGUCAAGGAUUCCCAGGUGGGCACUCUGAACUACAUGCCCCCAGAGGCCAUCAAAGACCCAUCGUCCAAAUCUGGGAAACCGAGCUCCAAGAUCAGUCCGAAAGGAGAUGUUUGGUCCCUGGGCUGCAUACUGUACUGCAUGACGUACGGAAAGACCCCUUUCCAGAAAAUCACCAACCAGUUCACCAAGAUGCACGCCAUUAUAGACCCAUCCCACGAGAUUGAAUUCCCUGACAUCGCUGAAAAGGACCUUCUGGAUGUCCUUAAGAAAUGUUUGGUGCGGAAUCCGAAGGAGCGGAUCUCCAUCACUGAGCUCCUGGCCCACCCCUACUUGCAGCUACAGCCACAGUCCGUACCUGAGCCAGCUCAACCCAACAAUGAUGACUUGAAGCGUAUCCUCAAUGAGCUGGCAGCACUGCAGUCUCCCAACAGCAUCGCCAGAGCAGCCAACAACUUGGCCAAAAUGUGUAACAGCGGCAGAAGACUGGACGUGUCCGAGUGUGUGAAGAGUUCCAGUCAGUCCUGAGAGGUCACAGGCUCUGCAGGGUGUCAUUCUAGAGGGUCGACUCACUCUGCCCUUCCCUAAAGCCCUGUGGGGAAACCAUGCACCACUAUUAUUCAUCCCAGAUACAUGUGUUUUUUUAUAUUUUAGUUCUCUUCAAGCUGUAUAGCAUUCCCUGUUAUAUGUGUAAAUGUAUGUUAAAAAAAAACUCAAAAAA